GAGCGAGUGGAUGUAUGUGUGUGACUUUCAUCUCAUCUUCUGGAGGUCUUGCGGAGAACGGAAUCACUUUGAAUGGCUGGAUUUUUGUGGAUAACGAUGCAUAUAUGAGUUUUCUUUUUUUAAUCAUGUCGUAUUAACUUCAUAGGAGUCAUGCAUAACUAUUCUGGAGCUUGUUUCUCAGUAGUUUUCCUAAUUUUGACGUUUUGGACUGAGGUGUGCCAGUCGUCGGGUUAUUUGGAGCUCCAGUUGAUCAGCGUGGAGAAUGACAGGGGUGAGCUUGCGAAUGGAAACUGCUGUGACGGCGCACGGAGCGCACAAGACGGUCUGUGCGACCGGGACGAAUGUGACACGUACUUGAGAGUGUGUCUAAAGGAAUACCAGGUGGAGGUCACCACAUCUGGCUUUUGUACGUACGGCACUGGAAGCUCAAGCGUGAUCGGAGGGAAUACGUUUCAGUUGAAAGGAUUCAAUGGAAACCCAAACAAGGCCAAUGACCUCGGGACCGUUAUCAUCCCCUUUCAGUUCGCCUGGCCGCGAGCGUACACUCUGAUCGUGGAGGCUUGGGACUGGGACAACCAAACAAUCCCAGACAGCAGUGAAGAUCUGUUGAUUGAGAGGAGUGUUAAUCGUGGAGAAAUGAAUCCUGGAGAGGAGCGACAGCUCAUUCAGCAUAAGGGCCAAACAGCCAGCAUCCAGUACAGCGUGCGCGUGCGCUGCGACCGCCACUACUACGGCAACAAGUGCAAUAAACAGUGUCGUCCCCGAGACGAUUACUUUGGCCAUUACAUAUGCAAUCAGUUCGGCGAUCAGCAGUGCAUGGAGGGCUGGACCGGGAAAGACUGCAAGAAAGCUAUCUGUAAGCAAGGCUGCAGUGAGCUUCACGGAACUUGUGAGACUCCAGGACAAUGUGUAUGUAAUUAUGGCUGGCAGGGCCCACUGUGCGAUGAGUGUUUGCGGUUUCCGGGCUGUGUGCAUGGCACCUGCGCAAAAAAAUGGGAGUGCAUCUGUGAGAAAAACUGGGGAGGACUUCUGUGUGACAAAGAUCUAAAUUACUGCGGCACACACAAGCCCUGUGUAAAUGGAGGCACGUGUCUGAAUACAGAGCCAGAUGAAUAUUUCUGCUCCUGCCCUGAGGGUUACUCUGGCAAAAACUGUCAUAUCGCUGAGCAUGCAUGCAUGUCAAACCCAUGUGCAAAUGGCGGGACAUGUCACGAGCUGGGAUCAGGGUUUGAGUGCCUGUGUCCCCCAGGGUGGGACGGCCCAACUUGUGCUAAAGAUAAAGAUGAGUGCACGUCAAACCCGUGCGCUCAUGGGGGGACCUGCUUCGAUCUGGUGAAUGGCUUUGAAUGUUUAUGCCUCCCACAGUGGACCGGCAAGACCUGUCAGAUAGAUGUGAAUGAGUGUAUGAGGAGACCUUGUCUAAACGCUUACGCUUGUAAAAAUCUAAUUGGUGGAUAUCAUUGCAACUGCUACCCGGGCUGGGCAGGACCGAACUGUAAUAUCAAUGUCAACAGCUGUUACGGUCAGUGUCAGAAUGGAGGAACCUGUCAGGAUGGUCGUCAUGGUUAUAUGUGCCAGUGCCAGCCGGGUUUCUUGGGAAGACACUGCGAAGUGCAGCAGAGCAGGUGUGCCAACUCCCCUUGCCAAAAUGGUGGACGCUGCCGUUCCCUAGCCACGGGUUAUGAGUGCGAGUGUCUGUACGGAUACACCGGAACCAACUGUGAGGUGCGGGUGGAUCUAUGCAGUCCAAACCCAUGUCAGAAUAAAGCCCAGUGUCACUCUAUGCAGGGAGAUUUUUACUGCGCCUGCGCGGAUGAAUACGAGGGGAAGACAUGUAGUCAGUUACGAGACCACUGCAAAACCAGCACCUGCCAAGUGAUUGACAGUUGUACUAUUGAGGUGACAACCAAUGGCACAGCGACAGCGGUUCAGCGCAUCUUAUCAAAUGUGUGUGGUCCUCACGGGCACUGCAUCAGUCAGUCAGGAGGAAACUUCACCUGUGCCUGCCAACCAGGAUUCACUGGGACAUACUGUCAUGAGAAUAUAAAUGACUGUGCAUCAUCUCCUUGUCAGAACGGAGGAACAUGCAUUGAUGACAUUGAUUCUUUUCGCUGUGUUUGUCCAGAUGGCUUUAAUGGGCAGCUCUGUGAGCAGGAGGUGAAUGAGUGUAGUGGUGACCCUUGUCUAAAUGGAGGCAUAUGCAAGGAUCUGCUAAAUGAUUUCUACUGUCUCUGCACUGACAACUGGAAAGGAAAGACGUGUAACUCACGAGACAGUCAGUGUGAUACUAGUACAUGCGCUAACGGAGGAACUUGCUAUGAUCACGUAGACUCAUUCCGAUGUGCGUGUCCCUCUGGUUGGGGUGGCAGUACAUGUAACACAGCCAUGAACAGCUCGUGUGAAUCAGGCCCGUGUCUGAAUGGCGGGACUUGUAUUGGAGGGGGCAGCGUGUUCACUUGCAUCUGUAAGGAUGGAUGGGAGGGGCCUACCUGUGCUCAAGAUGUUGAUGACUGCAACCCUCAUCCAUGUUAUAAUGGGGGACAGUGCGUGGAUGGGGUCAACUGGUUUCGGUGUGAGUGUGCACCUGGAUUUGCAGGACCCGACUGUCGCAUCAACAUAGAUGAGUGUCAGUCCUGUCCCUGUUCAUAUGGAGCCACAUGUGUGGAUGAGAUUAAUGGAUAUCGCUGUGUUUGCCCUGUGGGACGAGCUGGACCGCGCUGCCAGGAGUUUAUUGGUGUUGGAAAGGCAUGCGAUCGCUCUGGGGUGCAGGUUCAUCACGGUGAGCGUUGGGACGAUGGAUGCAACAGCUGUCAGUGCAUGAAUGGAAACAUCAGAUGCACUAAAGUGCAUUGUGGUCAUCAGCCCUGCUUGUUGCAGUCAGACUCUAUUGAGCUACAGCGCCCCCUGUGUCCACUAGGACAAGAGUGUGUAGAGCAUCAUUUUCUGUCUUGCCUUCGUCCACCAUGCAGUCAUCUGGGUAUAUGCUCAGCUCCUGAACAUCGUCAACAACCCACCAGUACUCGGUGCCUACCCAACAACGGCUACCUAGAUGACAACUGUGCUCGCGUUAUGCUUGUAUUUGACUCAGACAGUGUCCCGCAGGGCUCUACUGCUGAAGGUGUUUGCACAGAGCUAACGUAUCUGCCAAUCACACGAACCCUGGCCAAAGACCACACCCUUUCCAUUCUUUGUGACCAAUCACCUUCCAGCCAAAAUGCAGUGGAGGUUGCUAUGUCAUAUGAGCAAAACACCUUUAUUGAGGGACGAGCUCAGAUAGAGAAUGUUGUCCGCACCAUCAUUGAUGUUUUGUCCAAACCUCACAAUAGCAGUUUACUGUUGGCUGUGAGAGAGGUCAGAGUUGAUACUCAGGACCCACGUCCCAAAGUCGGUUACCUCAUCCCAUUGCUGUGUGUGCUGUUUGUGGUGUUAUGGAUCUCCUGUGUCAUUGUGUGCGUGUGGUGGUUCAGGCGACGCAGGAAAGCGAGACAACGAGAGGACACGCAGAUGGAAGAGAGCAUCAACAACCAGCGUGGGACACUACUGAGCACUCGCACGCCUCACAAAGACAACACCGACCCACUGCAGGAGAACAAGAACCUGCUUUACCCUCUGGAUAGGGUUGGAGACGGAGCUGAGCGAGAGGACGAGGAGGAAGAGGGAGAUGAAGAGAGCGACAGGGGGCUAGCUAUGCAUAAGUGCUCAUCUCUUGCGUACUCUAAAGGGGACGCCGUGUACACUAUUCACACUACAGCCCCAAAUCAGCCAAACAGGACACACUACAGCAGCAAAGACAACCGCUGCAAGAACAAUGUGAACGAGAGCUUAAGCGAGCACACGAAAGAUCAUUACGUAUGAAAGAACCAGACAAACUGGAAAAAUGCAAGUAUUUUUUGCCAUCUGAUCUGAAAGCUUCUGGGUUUGUGCGAUUGGUGUUUUUCAUCCUUUCUUCAUCAUUGGGUAGUCAAACGAAACGGAUUUGUGUCACAAAAAUGCAGCAAACGAGACAUUCAAAGAAAAUCCUUUUCUUUUGUUUACACUUGCACUCACUUUCCUUAAAAAGAAGGACAUUUUUACACAAAGCUUAACUUUACGAUUAUGUCUGUGAACUGUGGUGAGACCUUUGACCCUUGGGGCUGAGGAGGAAUCAGCGAUAGGCAGCUUUAAAGUGUUUUUGAUUAUAUCCAGACCUGCCCAAAGUCAAGUGUUAGAAGCCGUUAAAUUUUCCAGAGGUAUAUAUACACAAGUGCCUCACUGAACCUUCAUGAUAGCGCUUACCUUUUAUACGCAUUUCUCACACAUAUGUUGGUUCUUGUUUUUGUUAACAAAUGGUAUAGACUCACUUAAAUGGGUAGUUCACCUAAAGGAAGAUUCUGUUAUCAUUUACUCACUCUCAUGUCAUUUUAAACCUGUAUGACUUACUUUCUUUUAGGGAUGCCCCCUAAUAUUUUCGCAGAAAGUCGCUGAAAAAAAAAACCACACGAAGUGGCGAAAUCACGCAGUCCGUGACAGAUCGUUAAUAGCUGGUUGAUGUGGUAAUAUAAUACAUCAGGCAGGACAUCCAUACGCUCACCUAUCGCUCAUCGACCACAUAUAUGGCUUUUCAUCUUAAAUAUGUAGUAGGAACUUUACAAGGCAGCUCAAUCUAAUGUUAACCUAGAAAAAUGUGCACUAUUCAAGUGACUGUGCUGAGUGUGGAAGCUGAAUAGUAGCGCGCUUACUGCAUGACAGAUGGAGGCGCUGAUGCGGUCACUUGCUCUUAAAAUACUAUGACAUUUUUGGACCUACAGAUAAAACUAAUACAUCUUUCAUAUCUGUAAAGACUCUACAUUUAUUUGUGUGCACCCACAAUAACAACAAAAUGUUGUGCUUUUGUAAAAUAAGUAAAGCAAACGGGAUGCGCUUUCUGUGAACUUGAGCACGUCACGUCGAAACUUGCCUUAUUACAGACAUGAAAAAUAUAUCUAUAGAGAGUGAAAUGUCUACUUUUAAAUGAAUCAAUUCAAAUAGAAAACAAAUAUUCUCAGAUUAUGUAAUCCAUGAAAAAUGCACACAGGCGCAUCUCUACUACGGAGAUGACGAGUCAGUGUCGCCGACUUCAUCAGAAAGCACUAGUUUAUCAAUAAAUUAUUAAAAUGUUAAUGCAGUGUUCUUUUUUCCCUAACACAUGCAUAAUUAUUAUAUUUAUUAUUUUUUGCUUUUUUUGUGUGCUUGAUCGCUUAUUAGGGUAUGUAGGCAAUUAAAGGCUCAUUAUUAUAAUUUUAUAUGGUUUAUUAAUAAACGUGCGACUAAUAGUCGACUAAUGCUUAAAAUGAACGACUACUAGUCGACCAGAAAAAUCUUUAGUUGAAGGCAGCCCUGCUUUGUUACAUAAGAGUGUAGACAGUCACUAGUUGCAUUUCCAUUACCUUUCAAAUUGCGCAAAUUGAAAUUGUGAAUUGAAAAUACGCCUAAUGAAAACACGUCAAUUUCGCAAAAACUCUCAUAUAUCACAAAAAUGUUUUUACACUCACAUGUGGUGUUUUUUCAGGCAAUUCGAAAAAGAAAUAUUUUGCAAAACUGCAAUGGAAUUUUAUUUUUUUUUUUUUCCACA